GUUGGCUAUAUUUAUCUCUGGUUCCAUGCCAGCGGGAAGGGUUUAAAUGGCACCCAGCAGUUGGCGUGAGGGGCUGCAGGAGCUUGGUGGCCAGUGGCAGGAACGAGCCUCUUCCGACCCCAUGGAGCUGUAUGAGACACCCCCCUACUUCUACCAGGAGCCCCACUUCUACGACGGGGAAAACUACCUGCCCGUCCACCUCCAGGGCUUCGAGCCGCCGGGCUACGAGCGGACCGAGCUCAGCCUGAGCCCCGAGGCCCGGGGACCCCUCGAAGACAAGGGGCUGGGGACCCCCGAGCACUGCCCGGGCCAGUGCCUGCCGUGGGCGUGCAAGGCGUGUAAGAGGAAGUCCGCGUCCGUGGACCGGCGGCGGGCGGCCACGCUGAGGGAGAAGCGCCGGCUCAAGAAGGUGAACGAGGCCUUCGAGGCCCUGAAGCGGAGCACCCCGCUGAACCCCAACCAGCGGCUGCCCAAGGUGGAGAUCCUGCGGGGCGCCAUCCAGUACAUCGAGCGCCUGCAGGCCCUGCUCGGCGCGCUCCGCCAGGAGGAGCGCGGGCUGCGCUGCCCGCGGGGCGGCCCCCCGGCGGCGCAGGUACCCAGUGAAUGCAGCUCCCACAGCGCCUCCUGCAGUCCAGAGUGGGGCAGCGCCCUGGAGUUCGGCCCCAACCCAGGGGACCAUCUGCUCCCAGCGGACCCUGCGGACGCCCACAACCUGCACUCGCUCACCUCCAUCGUGGACAGCAUCACCAUGGAGGACGUCUCUGUGGCCUUCCCGGAUGAAACCCUGCCCAACUGAGGUGGUCUGCGGCCGGCGGCCAGGGGCCCACAGGCUGGCCACAGAUGCCGCCACUGGGGCACGGAGGCCGCCGAAGCCAGGCUGUCCUGAUGCCAGGAGGCCAGCCUGCCCCUCUCCUCGCCUGUCGAAGGUUAAGCCACCACCCAGAGAGGGAGUGGGCGCUCUCACUUGGCUGACUGCUCAGAGCUCCCAGGGCCAUCCGGGUCCAGGGAGACAGAGCAGGGGACCAGAGUGUCCACGGGUGCCUCGCUCAGGGGCAAACUCAGGAGCUUCCCUUCGAGUAUAACUCAGCCUUCGGCUCCCCCCUCCCCCCAAGGCCAGGCUGAGCGACAGAGUGUCCUGACCGGACCCACGGUGCACCUCCGUCUGCUGUUCCUGAGGCAGCGGCUGGGCUGGGCCUGCCCUGACUCAGGAGCAGGAAGAGGUGCCCUGUCCCCCAGUCCCCGGGGGCCAAGCUUCUGCCGUGAACACUGGGAAACCCCAGGGUUUAUGUUGUUUGUUCUGCGUGUUGUUUGUGAAGCUGCCAUCUGACCAAGGUGUCCUGUGCAAAACUGCCAGGUACGGGAUGGGGGGCGGGGCUCUUGGGGUGACUUCCUUUGAUAACUAAGCAUUGUGUGGUUUUGCUAUUGUUUUGUAAUUUUUUUUGCUAACUUAUUUGGAUUUCCUUUUUUAAAAAAUGAAUAAACACUGGUUGCUAGAUGUCCGUGAUGAUGCAGACAGAGGGGUGCCUGCCACUCCUGCGUCCUUCAGCCCAGACACGCCCAGGAUUGGGCGUGAGAUCCCAUUGCUGGUGGUCACCAGGCCCUGAGACCCCUGGAAGCCAGGUCGGUCCACAGGCCAGGGAAGACAUGCCAGCCCCCUGCUGAGGCCUGUCACCCUCUAAUCCACGACACCAUGCACUCACUACCA